AUGGCUGAGUACAAGUUAGAAGUGACAACAGGUGACAUGACAAAUGCAGGAACGUUUGACCACGUAUAUGUCACUUUAAUUGGAACUGGAGGGAAGAGUGAGCAAACUGAGUUGGACAACUAUGGUAUGGAUUUUAAACCUGGGAUGACAUCAAACUACACCAUGAAAACCAGUUCAUCUCUGGGGAAACUUCUGCUGGUCAAGGUGGAGAAAGACCCUUUUUUAUUUCUCCCAGAAGAUGAGUGGUUCUGCUCCAAAAUAGUGGUGACGACCCCAGAAGGAGAAGCCAUUCUUUUCCCCUGUUACAGAUGGAUCUCCAGGGGAGAACUGGUGGAGCUGAGAGGAGGAAGAGCCACGAAGGUUUUUGAGGACGACCAUCCCCUAUUGACUGACCACAGGAAAAAUGAGCUGAUGCUUAAAAAGAUUUUGUACCAAUGGGAGGAUUCUGAUAAAAAGCUACCACACAAGAGUCAUUUCAAAGAUGUAUCUGAGCUCCCAUCAGAAGUCUGCUUCUCUUUGUCCAAGACAAUGGAAGUUCUUUAUACAAAAAACGUAAUGGGUGCUGAGCUCAUGUUUAAGGGGAUGCUUGGAUCCACUGAAAGCUGGGGAAAAAUUGAAGAUAUUAAAAACAUCUUCAGGUCUACAGAGACACCAAUGUCAGAGUAUGUUUCAGAGCACUGGAAGGAAGAUGACUUUUUUGGAUUCCAGUUUCUGAACGGAGUCAACCCCAAUGUGAUCAAGCGCUGCUCAGAGCUUCCCCCAAACUUUCCAGUCACAGAGGAGAUGGUGAAGCCGUUCCUGGCAGAGGGAACCUCUCUGCAGAAGGAAAUGGAGGAAGGCAACAUAUUCCUCUGUGACUACAAGGUGUUGGAUGGAUUGCCAACUAAGGUUUAUGAUGGUGAAUCUCUGCACGUGACUCCUGGUUUCAUAAUGUUCUACUUGAAUCCAGAAAAUAAACUGAUGCCAAUUGCAAUACAGCUGUAUCAACAACCCUCUGAGCAGAACCCCAUCUUUCUGCCCAGUGACCCAGAGACUGACUGGCUGCUGGCCAAGAUGUUUAUUAAAAAUGCAGACUUGUUGCAACAUCAGGCAGUCUAUCACUUCACAAACUCUCAUGGUUUGGCAGAAGUCUUUACUGUUGCCACUCUGCGCUGCUUCCCUGUUAUUCAUCCCCUCUACAAGCUGCUGAUCCCUCAUUUCCGUUAUACUCUCCAAAUUAAUACUGCAGCAAAAGAGAAAAUUUUUGGACCUGAGGGGAUAUUAAGUCAAAGUUCGCUUGGACUCCAGGGGAACAUAGAGCUCGCAGAAAAGGCUCACUCUGAAACAACCUACAGCUCCCUCUGUCUGCCAGAGAACAUCACUGCACGAGGACUGGAUUCCAUACCCAACUUCUACUACAGAGAUGAUGGCCUGAAGCUGUGGAACAUCAUCUACAGCUUUGUGAAGGCAACAGUGGAGUACUAUUAUCCCUCAGAAAAUGACGUGCGGGACGACACUGAGCUGCAGGACUGGAUCAGUGAGAUAUUCACACAUGGCUUCUUAGGAAACAAAGCUUCAGGGUUUCCAUCAGAGUUUACGACUGUCGAGGAAAUGAUCAAGUUCAUCACCAUGAUAAUCUUCACAGUGACAGGUCAACAUGCUGCAGUCAAUAAUGGACAGUAUGACUACUACCCCUGGAUCCCCAAUGGCUCGUUCCUGCUACGCAAAGCUCCUCCAACCUCUAAGGGGCAGUCAAGCAUGAAGACACUUUUGGAGACCCUUCCAGAUGUUGGACUGACGGGAAAAUUUGCAGCAUUGUCUUGGAUACUUUCAAACAAGUACACUGAUACGGUUCCCAUGGGUUCAUACCCAGAUGAACGAUUCGAUGAGCCUGCCCCUAAGCAGAUGAUUAAGGAAUUUCAAGCAGAGCUGUCUUGCCUCAGUGAAGAAAUCACUACGAGAAACUCACAGCUUGAAGUACCCUACACAUAUCUCAACCCUGCUGUUGUGGAGAACAGUAUAACUAUUUAACUAAGCCUGAUAAAGCCUUUUUUAUCCUUCUGCAUCAAUUAACUAGUGCAGUGCCGGUUCAAAACUGUGUCGACUGCUUGGCCUAUUUUGCAGUUUGCUGCAUUCUCGAGAACCACUCAUACAAAGAGUUUCACACACUGCAUUUCCGUGAGCAAUGGGUGACACACCUGGCCCCCAAACAGCUAU